ACUUUACUUAUCCCCUUAGCAGUCGGAUCUCUCCUCUCCUCAAAGGAGUAUCUGCACUCGACAAAACAGACAGACAGAGAGAGGGAGACAGCGAGGAGUAGAGAGGGAGGUAGAGAGAGACAGAAAGAGAGAGAGGGAGACAGAGAAAGUGGAAGAGAAACAAACAGAGAAAGAGGUAGGGAGGGAAAGAGACAGAGAGAGAAACUGACAGGGACAAAGGGAGAGAAAGAAAGGGAGAAAGAGAUUUAAGGAGAGGAAGGGAGAGGGAAAGACAGAGAAAAAAAGAGUGGAAGAAAGGGAGUCAGACAGAGAGAAAAGAUAAAGAAAAACAUUGCAAGAUUUUAAUGGGGAUCAACUGCUGAAUCAUUUAUCUACGUUUGGAGUCUUGUUGUCCUCCUCCCAUACCAGGAAGGACUGACUGUGCCAUUCUAAGUUUGAUCUGGGUGGUAGUUCUCUGUCAGAGGCUGCUGUCUGCAGAGCUUUGUAGGACUCAGAAACCCUCUGCCUCUUGCCUUUGUUGCCUGUAGAUCUGGGCACAGCCCUCCUGUAGCGUUCGUUCUCUGACUUUUGAGAAGUGAGGGUGCUGUGGGGGAGAAAGCGUGCUUGAGCGUUACUCGUGCCUCUCGUGCCACCGGAUGGGUGUCUGGGGGCAAUUGGGUCAUUUGGCCCUCCUCCUGUUCGUGGUAUUUCUCCCCACACCAACAGUAUGCUUCAGGUGGGAGACGGCUGCACUGCGGAGACCAGACCGGCCAAGCCCCCCACAGAAUGUGCUGCUGGAAGCCCUGAACUGUACAGCCUUCAGAGUCCAAUGGAGAACACCUCGACGCUACAGCAACAUCAUCGGCUACACGGUACUGUACACAGAGAUGAGGAAUAACAGACCUAUCCUGCCCAAAAUAGCCCAGGAUCUACACAACAUGGACCAGAUGAAAAGUCUACAAAUUUAUGAGAUGGAUAUUGGGAAUCUGAAACCAGGAACCAGGUACCGUGUGACUGUGAAGGCACGUAGCCUGACAGAGGAAGGGAGGCCAAGUCCCACAAAGUAUGUGACAACUAUCGCUCAAGACCAGUGCUCACCACCAGAAGCCCCAUCCCGACCUGAGGCUGCGGCCGUGUCUGACUCGGAGGUGGCGUUGUCAUGGAAACCUGGGCCAGGGGAUGGGAGUUCGUCACUACAAUACUACACGGUAGAGUAUACACGGUCUGAACUUAAUGACAACUGGACACUGAUAGGGGAAAAGAUCCAAUCAGAAUCCACACUGAUCAAGGGAUUGGAGGCAAACGUGAAAUACCAGUUUGCAGUCCGGGCAGUCAGUGCUCAUGGGUCAAGUUUACGCAGUGAACCCAGCAACGCUGUCAAGACACUUGCCGAUUGGAAGGUUUCCACAGAGCGAGUGUUUCGUUACGAAGUGGACUCUGGGAACAGGUUCACAGGUGCAGAGGAGGUGGGCAGUGGCCAUUCUGGACAACGCUAUACCAUGGACAAUGAUGAUGUUGCUGGAUUCACUGUUGAUGAUUCAGACUUUGACAUUUACCUUGAGGAGUCACCCUUGGUCUUGCGGGGAAGAAACAGGAAAUUUCAGGUUGAGACUCGGCUCCGACCAGAUUCCACCACUACUCCAAGGAGACCCUCUCACGUCCACACACUCACUGCUCUAGAUACCAGCACCUCUGUCCACCCACAGGGGGUUGCUGGCCGUAUCCUGGACCUAGCAUGUGACGAUGCCAACUGCCCGGGCGACAGCUUCUGUAUGAGCGACUAUGAGAGUGGAGGAUCCAGGUGCCACUGCAACUUAGGGAAAACUGGGGACUGGUGUAACAGAGAUAUCGCUGUUCAGUACCCAAAGUUCUACGGUUACUCCUACCUCACCUUUGAACCUCUCAGGAAUUCCUACCAGAAAUUUCAGAUAACCGUUGAGUUUAAGGCAGACGUGGACGAUGGUUUGCUGUUGUACUGUGGAGAGACAGAGAAUGGACACGGAGACUUCCUGUCUCUCGCUAUCAUCCGUCGGCGCCUCCAGUUCAGGUUUAACUGCGGCACAGGCGCUGCAUCCCUGGUCAGUGAGAGCAGGGUACAGACUGGCCAUUGGCACACAGCCACUAUCUACAGGAAUGGCAUCAAUGGCUGGUUACGCCUGGACAAUGGCACUCCAGUCACUGGCAAAUCCAAGGGUCACUACACAAAGAUCACAUUCCGGUCACCAUUGUACCUUGGCGGUGCGCCAAGUGCCUAUUGGCUGGCCAAGGCAGCAGGGACUAAUCGGGGAUUCCGAGGCUGUGUCCAAUCACUGGUCAUUAACGGCAGACGGAUCAACAUGCGAGGCUGGCCUGUGGGUCAAGCAGUCAGUGGGGCUGACGUUGGGGAGUGCAGCGCUGGGUUGUGCAACAAAGUUUCCUGCAUCAACGGUGGGAGCUGUGUUUCCCACAGAGCUGACUCUUACCUGUGCCUAUGUCCCAAGGGUUUCCGAGGCAAACAUUGCGAGGAAGCUUUCACUCUGGUGGUCCCACAGUUCAAUGCUUCACAGAUGUCCUACGCUGGUCUGCCUUGGCCAAUGGAGCCCCAGUAUUACCUCUCCUUCAUGGAGUUCCAGAUCACCUUCCACCCUGAGUCUGCCAAUGGGGUCAUCCUCUACAGCCACGACACCUCCAGUAAAGACUUCAUCUCCCUCAAUCUAGUGGCCAGAUAUGUGGAGUUCCGCUUCGACUGUGGCUCAGGGACUGCAUCCAUAAGGAGUAAAGACCCCAUUUCCCUCAACCAGUGGCAUGAUGUGAAGGUUUCUCGUACUGCCAAGAGUGGAAUUCUGCAGGUAGAUGACCAACACACUGUGGAGGGGAUGGCGGAGGGUGCUUUCACGCAGAUUAAGUGUAACACUGACUUAUUCUUUGGAGGAAUUCCUGACUAUGACAAUGUAAGGAAGAACUCUGAAGUUUUGCAGCCAUUCACAGGAAGCAUUCAGAAUAUAAUCCUGAAUGAUCGGACCAUCCACCUCCAGCAUGAUUUCAGUACCAGUGUGAACUUGGAGAAUGCAAACCACCCGUGUGUUAAAAACCCCUGUAUCAAUGGAGGCAGCUGCCGUCCUCAUCACAGUGCCUUUGAAUGUGAUUGUCCCCUGGGCUUUGACGGGCUGCGGUGUCAGAAAGAAUGUGGAAAUUACUGUCUGAACACUAUUACAGAUGCCAUUGAAAUCCCGCAGUUCAUUGGCCGCAGUUACCUCACCUACGACCAUCCAAACUUUCUUAAGCGAGUCUCAGGAACCAGGUCCAAUUUCUUCAUAAGGUUCAAGACGACAGCUGAUGAUGGGUUGUUGCUUUGGAGAGGAGACAGCACCAUGAGAAUUAACAGUGACUUCAUCUCACUUGGCCUCCAAGACGGUUCCUUGGUGUUUAGCUAUAACCUAGGCAGCGGAACAGUUGCAAUCAUGGUGAAUGGAUCAUUUCAUGAUGAUAGAUGGCACCGUGUGAAGGCAGUUCGGGAUGGACAGUCAGGAAAGCUAACGGUCGAUGAUUACGGUGCGAGAACUGGCAAGUCCCCAGGAAUGAUGCGUCAGUUGAACAUGAAUGGGCCACUCUACAUCGGAGGGAUGAAAGAGAUCGCCCUUCACACCAACCACCAGUACAUGAGGGGCUUCGUGGGCUGUAUCUCCCAUUUUACCCUCUCAACAGAUUACCACAUCUCACUAGUGGAGGAUGCCACAGAUGGAAAGAACAUCAACACCUGCGGGAUCAAAUAACUCUUUCCAGCGUGGAGCUGCGCGAUGGUAGGAGGUGGGAAGGGGAUGGCGAAGGAAAAGUGUUCCCCCUUCCCCCAAACCAAAAUAACACUUGGACAAUAAAUAUCUGAGCAAUAACUGAGAUUGGGAACCGGCAGUUACAAGAUGCUCCAUUUUGAUGGGCUUUCAAUGGCAACCAAAUCAUUUAGUUCCAUCAUUUCAGAUGGACAUUAUCUUUUGCCUGGUUGAGUCACUCGUUUGAUUGUGUCCUGCUUUUUUCCAAUUAAAUGACAGCUGUUGGUCGACAAUGGGCUGGACCCUGAUCUCCCUUGAUGUGUAAAUUAGUUUAAAAUGGUAGAUUUCUAUUGGGCAAGGUAAGUGUUCUAGAGCUUUGUUUGGUUUAAGAUACCGAUUGGUCAAUACCUGGUUGAGUGGCAGUGGAAUGGGCUUGAGGGACCCUGUGGCCUCCUGCUAUUCCUGCAGCGAGUCCUUGGAGCAUUUGCUAAAGCUGCUACACAAGACCAUAAGUCAUAGGGGUAGAACUGAGCCAUUUGUCCCAUUGAUUGAAAUGGAACUUACAUUGUUGUCCAGUGAUUUAUUCUCAGCCCAAACUGAUUUGUAUUGAAGUUUACCACUUAUGCCAAGUUUAAAGGGCACGGGAAGAAAGCAAAAAUGAUGAAGGGUUAAAAGGAAUGUGGGCAGAUCAGAGGAGAUGGGUAGAGAGCUGGCAGAGAAUAUUUAGAAAAUGAUGCUCAAUGAGAGGUAUUGCAUUUUAAUAAAACAAACAAGGACAAGAUUCAUACAUUUUAUGGUAGGGCCCUGGCUAGUGUUAUAGAAUAAAGAGGGAUUCAGGUACAAAUUCUUUGAAAUAUGCAUCUGUUAGACAGGGUGGUUAAGAAAUCAUUUAGCUCACUUGCCUUCAUUGCUCAGGUGUUUGAGUAUACGAGCUGGGACGUCAUCUCGAGAUUGUACAGGACAUUGAUGACGUCUGUUCUGAAAAACUGUAUACAAUGUUGGGUCACCCUGUUAUAGGAAGGAUAUUAUUAAAAUAGAGAGGGCUCGGAAAAGAUUUACCACAGGAUAUUGACAGGAUGGAGAGUUCGGGUUGUAAAAGUAGACUGGAAAGGCUGGGACUAUUUUCAGUGGAGCAAAGGAGUUUGAGAGGUGACCUUAUAUGGAUUUAUAAAAUCAUAAGGAGCAUAGUUAAGGUGAAUGACAGGGUCUUUUCCCUUGGAUGGGGAAAUUCAAAACUAGGAGGCAUUUUUUAAGGUGCGAGGAGAAAGUUUUGAAAAGGACAUGGGGAUUUUGGUUUUUUUUACACAGUGAUUAGCGUGUGGAAUGAACUGCCCAAGAAAGUGAUGGUGCAGGGACAGUUACAAUGUUGAAAAGAAAUUUGCAUAUGGUCAUGGAGGGAUAUGAGCCAAGCAUAGGCAGGUAACACGGUCAGAAUAGACUGGUUAAACUGAAGGAUCUGUUUCUAUGCUGAAUGACUCUAUGGCCAUAGCCAGGCAAACUGCUCGCACAUCCAGUUGCUGUUUCUUUACAAGAGGAGGUUGUUAAGGACACAUCGCUGAACGAUAGCUGCCACAUUCUCUGGCAUCUUUGUACUCGGCAGGAGUUUAUAAUAACUCAAAGCUUCAGUCUGACUUUGACACAAAGCUAUGUUUUCAAGCUGAUGUAAGCUCAGCUCAGAUUGAAACCUCCCCAUCUCACUCACAUCAUAGAGUUAAUAUGGCACAAGGUUGACUUAUUUGGACAAUUGAGUCUAUGCCAGUUUUCUAUCAAAUAAUUUAUCCCUAUUAUAGAGUUACCUCACGUUUCCAGUGUCUUCACUGGUGAUUCUGCUGAGGACAAAGGGAAAGCUGUGAAUGGUGGGGAUUAGCCCUCAUGCUUAAUCACAAGGAAGAAAGGCUUCCAUUGAUAUAGCACCUUGCAUGAUGUUAAGAGUACUUUUCAGUCAAUAUCCAUUUGAGAUGUAAUCACUGAAAGAAAUGACAACCAAUCUGUGCACAGCAAGCUCCCAAACAGAAACAUUCAGAUAACCUGUAAUUGUGAUUUUAGUUGAGAGACAAACAUCGGCCAGGCCAUCUCCGCUGCUCUUCAGCAAAUAGAUUGUUAAAUAACAAGAUGUUACUUUAAUGUCUCAUCAUCAUCCUAUAGUGCAACAUUCCCUCUGACUGCACUAGGAAUUAUGGAUCUAGUUUUGCACUCAGGUUUCCAAAAUGAGAGUUAAGACCAUAAGAAAUAGAAACAGGAGUGAGCUGUUCAGUUCCAUGAGUCUGCUCUGUCAUUCAGUAGGAUUGUGGCUGAUCCAACACUCCUCACAUCCACAUUUCAGUGGUUUCCUUACUGAUUUUUUUAAUGAUCAAGAAUCUAUCUCAGCCUUAAAUAUUCAACUCUGCCCCACAGCUCUCUGUGACAAAGACUCAACCCUUAGAGAUUAAUUUCCUUCUCAUCUCAGCCUUAAAUUUGUGGCCCUUUAUUCUGACACUCUGCCCUGUGGUCCGAGACUCUCCAAUGAGGGGAAAAGUCCUGUCAGCAUUUACAUUCUCUUAAGCCACUUAACAAUCCUAUAUAUUUCAAUUAGAUUCUCUCUCACUCUUAUAAACUCCAAUGACUUGAAUCAUGACCUGUUUAAUCUUUGCUCAUGAGAUAUCCCCUCCUUACCAGGCAUCAUCCUUCUCUGAACUUUUAUCUUUCCUUAAAUAAGGGAACAAAAACUGCUCACUGUACUCCAGAUGUGGUCUUACCAGUACCUUGUACAAAUUCAGUAGGACUUCUCUACUCUCGUACUCUUAUACCCCUUGAGCUAAGGGCCAACACUCCAUUAGCCUUCCCGAUUACCUGCUGCACCUAUGUGCUAGCUUUCUGUGUUUCAUGCGCAAGUCACCCCAAGUCCCUUUGUAUUGCAGCUUUCAGUAGCUUUUCAAGAUAGCAGCAGGGCAGGGGCCUGGGGCUUGUCUGUUUUCUUUGUUGACUUUUUUCCCUUUGCUUUUUAUAUUGCUUUUUUGAAGCUUUUUCAGCAUCUUUGACAGGGCAAAAGCAGGCACGACCCUCCUGAAUGUGCAGCAACUGCAGCUAGAGUCAUUUCCUCGGGGAGAGCGAGCCCUCAGCGAGCACAUGACAGCAACAUGUGUGGGCCCUGCAGUGAGAGAUGGCGCCAGAGCAUGGAGACUUCAACAUAGUUGGGGCAACCAAUGCAGGGCUCAAGGAAGUGGUGGCAGCCAUGGCUUUUAAGAUGGCAGCCUCUGUGGUCAGUGAAGAAGAAGGUGGUUAUCGGGAUUGGGAUGCUGGUCUUCAGUGGUGGCAAUGCAAUAAGCAUGAAACAGUACAGAUCGACAGGAGUAACGGUUGCAUUGAUGUGACAUGGUAUGCCCAGUGUAGUGCUCCUGAUGGCAGAGCAGUGGCAGCGAUGGUGGCCCAAGAGAGGGACUCCUGGAAUGGACUGUGAUGCAGGGUCAUUGGAGGGCAUGGAGUACACAUCCCCCUUUCCCCCACCCUCCCCAUAACCUCUCUGAUGUUGAGUAGAACGUAAGGAAGCAAGUGUUCAAUUUUUAGCUAUAUCUUAAUAUUAUUACAACAGGCAAUGGCCAAACCCCUCUGAUAAUUAAACUAAAACACAAGCCCCAAUCUGUUAUGACGGGAGUAGAGGGUUCCUUUCUAAUAAUUACCCCCCAAAACACCCAGAAAAGCUCUUCUUUCCCUUUAUAAUCUGUUAAAAGAAAGAAAAUCCCUGAAAUCCACUUUACAAGUAACAAGAAACAAUUUAUUUACUUAACCCAAAAAUGAACAAAUUACCAACAUUACUGACAAGCUGACAAUUCCCCCUUAGACUAUUAACUACUCCCUAACUGGUCUAAAUUCUAUUGGAAUGCUGGUUAAUUAAAGACAAGUCCACCAUUACAAACGCAGUUAGUAAGAAGCAGUAAUUUAUUACUUAAUCUCUCUAAGUUUGCACAGACUGUCUUCUGGAAUAUUCUGUUGUCCCCACUCUCAUCACAAACACUUUCCUUCCAUUAAUUCUGCUGUCGGGAUUGUUAUUUCUAUAAUUUCUUCAAUGAGAAAUUUGAGUUAAAAUACCAGGGUAUCUUUGAUUAAUUAGAUGGUCUUUCUCUGAGAUCUAAAUAGUGCUAACUCUUAUAGAUGGCAGUCGACUCUCCCUGAUUUUCCAAAUGCCUUUAUCUUAUAUACACGUAAAGACAUAAUCAAAUUCUUAUAGUGAUUGAUUUCAGGUUGUUAACAUCAUCAGAUUUAAUUCCAAUUUGCUUUCUG